GCGCCUGCCCCCACUUCUUUACCCUGUCAAGCUCAUUGAAGGCGCUCCCAUGGCUAUUUCCCACUGCAAUAAAGACCUGCAAUCAAGAACACCACUUCUCAAAAUCACGCCUUUAUCCCACCACGCCGUCUAUUGAUAGCCAAAUCAAGCUCCGAUCUCCAUUUUCAAUCCUUAUUAUGGUUUCAUCAUUCACUUCUGCCAAGCUGCUAUAAAUCACACCUAUCUUCUUCCCAUUUCCAUUGCUUUAGCCUCGUUGUCAAUUUCUCGCCUCCCUUCCUUUUGGCAUUGUUCUCUCUUUAUCUACCGAUGGGCGUCAGUUGCGGACUUGCUUCCUCCGUCCUCCUCUGCCCUGAGGACGGAGACAUCGCCCUAGGGUUUGAUGAAGAGCUGGACCUCGAUGGGGAAGACGAAAGGCGCAAUCUUUGCCCUUUUUUCCAAGGAAAGAGCUCGUUGCUGGAUUUCGCAUUGCUGUCGGAAGAUUGCGUCGCCUUGCUGAUCGAGAGGGAGUCGCAGCAUCUUCCACAGGAGGGCUACGCGAAGAGGUUGCUCAGGAAGCAAUCAGAUAUGGCUGUGAGAAGUGAAGCUAUUGACUUGAUUCAGAAGCUACAUGCACAUUACAAUUUUGGACCUCUGAGUGCCUAUUUAUCUGUAAAUUACUUGGAUCGAUUUCUCUCCUGCCAUGAACUCCCACAAGGUAAGGCCUGGAUGACACAAUUGCUAUCAGUUACCUGCUUAUCCAUUGCUGCCAAGGUUGAGGAAACUGAACUUCCUUUGUCUCUAGAUUUACAGAUAGGUGAGGAACAGUACAGAUUUGAAGGCAGGACAAUACAGAGAAUGGAGCUUCUAGUGCUUACAACCCUCAAGUGGAGGAUGCAAUCAGUUACACCCUUCUCAUUCAUAGAUUUCUUUUUACACCAAUUCAAUGAUGGAAAUUCACCAGAUAGGUCAUUGAUUUCUCUGUGUGUGAACCUCAUCUCGAGCACUGUUAGAGGGGUUGGGUUUGUAGAGUUCAAGCCUUCUGAGAUUGCUGCAGCAGUGGCUCUAUCAGCCAUGAAACAGACUCAAGUUCUAGAUACUGACAAGGCUUUAGCUUCUUGUGAGUAUAUAGAUAAGGGACUCUAUUCCUUUGGCUAUUUGUAUGAGUGGAACAAGAGCCUUUUCAGACAUGAAAGAGAAAAUUUGGCACUUUGGAAGAGCAUGAAAGGGACCAAAGAGAAAUGACUUUAUUGAUAACUGGGAAAAAAAAGGGACCCUUCUUGUGUUAUAUGCCAUAGGACCAAAUAGACUUGUCAUGUGGUAGGAGGUUUGUGUUUCUUAUAUGAUUUCCUUGUCUCUACUGCCAUGGAAAUAGAGAGCUUUGGCACAAUGAUUUAACUAGAAAGGGAUUCAUAACUGUGCAAGUAAUUGUCAGAGAUGAGACCUUGUGAAUUGUUACCAUAUCUGAAUUUAAGAUUAAUGGCACUGUUGAAUCACAUGAACAAGAGGCAGAGCUUAAACAAUUGAGCCUGCCUUUGAACUUUCUACGUUUUGAAGGAGUCCCUGCAGCUUGCUGUAAGAAUUUCUAUCAAGAACUGGAGUGCUCUGUUCAUCCUCUUUGUCCUCCACUGGACUGAACUUUAGCAGGUUUAUGACAGUGAGGUCUUGCUAUCUGAAAGAAUAAGAUAUGAAGUUUUUUU